AAGUUUCAGAUAAUGAGCGUGAGCGUAUGGUUGAGACACGAGUGGAAUGACCAACGACUCCAAUGGGACCCAUCAUUAUUCGGAGGGAUUACGCAUCUUCAUAUUCCAUCAGAUGACCUCUGGCGACCGGACAUCGUGCUGUAUAACAACGCCGAUGGGGAUUUCAUCAUCACACUGCUUACAAAGGCCAAAGUUCACCAUACGGGUCGCCUGGUAUGGGAACCGCCUGCUAUUUACAAAAGUUAUUGCCCUAUAGACGUGGAAUUCUUUCCCUUCGACAUGCAAGAGUGCUUCAUGAAAUUCAGUUCCUGGACCUACGAUGGCUUACAAGUGGAUCUUCAGCACUUCUGUAGUCUCAACGACAACAAAACCAAAAGCAUUCUACCUUCCAACGACGAGAUCGUCAUUACCCAAGGCAUUGACUUAACGGGAUAUUACCAAAAUGUCGAGUGGGACAUUAUUAACGUAACCGCGCGCAGAAACGUCAAGUUUUACCAGUGCUGCCCUGAGCCUUAUCCCGACAUUACGUUCAACGUCACUAUCCGGCGGCGGACGUUGUUCUACAGCGUCAACCUGAUGGUCCCUUGUAUGUCCAUAUCCUGUAUGUGUGUACUGGUAUUUUACUUGCCCUCAGACAGCGGGGAGAAAAUCACACUUUCCAUCUCCAUUCUUCUCGCUCUGACUGUGUUCUUCCUGUUGUUAUCCGAUUUGAUUCCUCCUACGUCAUUCGUUAUACCUUUAAUUGGGAAAUACCUGCUGUUCACUAUGAUAGUGGUGACAAUGUCUAUCAUACUGACAAUUUUCGUACUGAGUAUUCACUACCGGUCGCCAUCAACACACAAAAUGUCGCCGUGGGUGAGGAGAGUAUUUACCGAACUUUUACCCAGAAUUCUUCUGAUGAAACGACCGGAAGUUGAGCGCAAGAAGCGCGUUGCAAUUAGAACUUGUAACGGCAUCGAACUCAGGGACAAUGUACCCGGAGGAUCAGGCAGAAGCUGGGAACAGUUUCAGUCGGGUCAAAGGUCUGUUCCAGAGGAAGGUGACCUAGAUAGUUCCUCAGCGCAGUUACUGCGCAGCCGUCAGCCGGCGGAAGUUACUGCCUCCUUGCAAGGAGUUCGUUUCAUCGCCGACCAAAUGAAAGAGGAAGACGCCUUUGAAGACGAAAUCCGGGAUUGGAAGUACGUUGCCAUGGUAAUGGACCGUUUUUUCUUGUUUAUAUUUACAACGGCUUGCUUCACUGGAACGAUGAGCAUCUUCCUUCACGCCCCUUCGCUGUACGAUCCCAGAAUGCCAUUGACGAGCAACGAGCCGAACCAGACGUGUAUUUAUUAAAGGAACAGUGUCUUGAACAAUCGAAAUGAAUGUUGGCCUUUGAACAACUGACCUGGAUGGUCGUCUUCAAGUAAUUGGUGUCGACGCUGUCUACACGAGUACUAUUUAUUUAGCAAAUUGCUAUAUGGUGAACAAUUGAGUUGGUCAGAUUGGCUGGUAUAGUGUAUCUUCACCAACCACCCCCACGAACAAAUGGUCCCAUCCAGUGUUGUGUCUUUACAACAUGUUUUUAAACAAUUGUUUACUUUGAAAUCUCUUGAACUGAUCUGGCUAACAGUGGGUUUGGACAAAAGACCUGUGUAGAGGUUUCUCUAACAUUUGACCGGCAUCAUUGUCUCGUAAAACGAUUGGCUCUGCUGUCAGUGUCUUGGAUAACAGGCCGUGCCGGCGAUGUUUUGAAAAUUUUGCCUCGAUAGAUGUCGUGAAACAAUUAUCUGCCCUAACAGCUUCUUGGAAAAGAGAGCCUGCUCAUGGUUUCUUGAACAUAUGGUACAUAUGCAACGGAACAGUUGCAUGCCUGCUUAAGUGGUCGUGGGAAAAUAGGCAUUGCUGGUGGCUUCUUGAACACUUGGGCUACAUGGUAGAAGAAACAAUCUCCUGGAGACCAAUCUCUCAGAUGACGCCCUUAUGCGUCCAAAUUUAAAGCAAUGUCGUCGUGUCGAUAUGUCAGGCGUUGCCGUCACUGAUAAAGCCUCAAUAGAUAUCCGUGGCAUUACA